AUGGUCUACAACACGCUUGGAGUCUUUGCCGGUCUGUCGGGCGCUGUUGGCGUUGGUCUCGGUGCCCUUGGUGCGCACGCCAUGAAGAGCCAACUCAACGCCUACCAGAUGGGCGCUUGGACAACGGCUACUCAGUACCAGCUUCUGCACAGCUUGGCGCUGCUCUACACUGUCAGUCUUCCCCAGACCGGUCCGGUGGUCGCAGCAGGCUAUGCAUUUGCCACGGGAAUCACCUUUUUCAGCGGUUCCAUCUACGGCCUCUGCCUCACCAAGCCUGAAAACCCCAUCCGCAAGGUUCUCGGCCCCAUCACACCCCUCGGUGGUCUGUCGAUGUUGGCAGGUUGGCUCUUCCUUGCCUAUGCUAAGCGUCCACGUACACUCCGCUAA